GUCGAAAAACGAAUAAAAUCAGUCCAAAACACACACUCGACAACAAAUCUUUCAGCAUUGUUCACGAUCUACAUGGAAAAUCCAUCCCAUGUUUUAGCUGUUAAAGAAAUUGCCAACUCCCGUUCAAUAAUUAUAUUCUGUGGCCCUAUUCAAUAUCACAGGUUCAUGUUCAAUAACUCCAUUCCACGCCCAUGUUCAAUAAGCGAUGUCCCUGUUCAAUUGCUCCGCUCCGUGUUUUGCGCGCGCUCCCCCUCCUUUCUACUGAACUCCAGCCCCUCGCUCUCUCUGUAUCAGCCUCUCACUCCGUCUCAAUAUGUCUCAAGAUGGCGGCCAAUGCGGGAUCGAUGUUUCAAUAUUGGAAGCGCUUUGAUUUACAGCAGCUGCAGAGAGAACUGGAUGCCACCGCCACAGCCCUGGCCAACAGACAAGAUGAGAGCGAGCAGUCUAGGAAAAAGCUCAUCGACCAAAGCCGUGAGUUCAAGAAAAACACACCAGAGGAUCUGCGAAAGCUGGUAGCUCCGUUGCUCAAAGGCUUCCAAGCAGAGAUCGACGCGGUGAGUAAAAGAAGUAAAGAGUCAGAGGCUGCCUUCCUGAGCGUGUACAAGAGAUUCAUCGAUGUCCCAGACCCUGUGUCGGCCCUGGAGGCUGCCCAGCAGCUACAGCUGAAGGUCCAGAGGAUGCACGACAUCGAGACGGAGAACCAGAAGCUCCGCGAGACGCUGGAGGGCUACACCCAGGAGAUCGCUGAGGUCAAGAACCACGAGGUCACAAUUAAAGCACUUAAGGAGAAGAUAGAAGAGUAUGAAGAGACCCUGAAGAAGCAGGCCAAGGAGCUGGGCCAGGAGGAGAGGAGAGAGGAAGAGAAGGAGAAGAAAGAGGGAGAGGAGGGGCAGCUCCACAACAACCAUGCAGAGGAGGAGCGUCAACAACAGGAGAACCAGGAGUCUGCGGUGUCAAAGCUGGAGGAGGCAGACAGUAAGGCCCAGUCCCUACAGACAGCACUUGAAGCAACUCAGGCAGAGCUUUUGGACCUGAAGAGCAAGUAUGACGAAGAGUCAACAUCAAAGGCCAAUGAGAUUGAGGUGGUGAUGUCAGACCUGGAGAGAGCAAAUCAGAGAGCGGAUGUAGCGGAGAGGGAAGCAGAGGCUCUUCGGGAACAGCUGACGUCCGCCAACAAGUCUCUCCAGCUUGCCACACAGAUCCAGAAGGCCCCUGACAUGGAACAAGCCUUGGAGGUUCUGUCACGCUCCAGUCUGGAGGUGGAGCUGAGCGCCAAGGAGCGGGAGGUACUGCAUUUGGCUGAGGACGUGCAGAGACUGCAGGCCAGCCUGGCCAACGUCCGUGAGAACUCGGCCUCGCAAAUCAGCCAGCUGGAGCAGCAGCUCAGCACCAAGGAGAGCUCACUCAAGCAACUGGAGGAGAAACUGCAGGAGCAGGCAGACUACGAAGACAUCAAGAAAGAGCUCAGUUUCCGCAAGUCCGUAGAGUUCGGCUCUUCAAACUGCUCUUCAGCACAGGACUCUAAGAAGCCUCUGGAGUUGUUGUUGGAGAAGAGUCGAGGCCUGCAUUCUGAGAGCUCCUCCCUGCGCCUGAACAACAGUUUGAGAGAGCGAAAGGUCAAAGAGUCAUCAGAGGGACAACAGCGUCUUUGCAACACACCCAUGGGCACCAACUUGAAGGGCUCCCCUCCCCCUCCCUCCUCUCAGCUCCUCCUGCGCACUGGCUCAGGUGGUUCCUCCGACACCACCCCUGUCACUGCCGCCAAUGGCACACACCACUUCUCGCCCACGAGUGGCGGGCUGGGUGGGCAGGACUUCUUCAGCCACACCUCUCUGGCGUCGGCGGGCACCGCUUUCCCCCUGGGGGGCAAGGUGGUGCUCAACUCCCUGCUGCAGCGCCAGCUCAUGCAGACCUUUUACUCCAAAGCCCUGCAGGACUCAGUGUCCGCCUCCGGCCAGGCCCUGCUCUUCUCCCCUUCCAACUACCCCACCCAUAACUCCCUUUCAGCCAGCCCCCUACCACCCCAUCAGUCUUUGCAGUCGCAAUCCCAGCACCCGUCAGCGUGCAGCCCGGAUGUCAACGGCCUAGCCCCCUCACCCAGCCAGUCAGAAGGGGCGGGGAGUGUCUCGGAAGGCGAAGACAUGGACACGUCUGAGAUAGCGCGUCAGGUCAAGGAGCAGCUGAUCAAGCACAACAUCGGGCAGAGGAUCUUUGGCCACUACGUGCUGGGGUUGUCUCAGGGCUCGGUCAGUGAGAUACUGGCCAGGCCCAAGCCCUGGAACAAGCUGACCAUCCGGGGCAAGGAGCCCUUCCACAAGAUGAGGCAGUUCCUGUCCGACGAGCAGAACAUUCUGGCACUGCGCAGCAUCCAGGGGAGGCAGAGAGAGAACCCAGGCCAGAACCUGAACAGAGUGUUUCAGGAGGUUCCGAAGCGAAGAACCGGCUCCGAAGGCUCCUCGAGGCCAGGUAACAUCACCACGCGGAUCCGCACCUCGGAGAGUGGCUCAGAUGAGGCCAUCAAGUCCAUCCUGGAACAGGCCAAGAGAGAGCUGCAGGUUCAGAAGGCUGAUGGUGUGGAGGACAGACAGCGACGACAGACAGGUUACCCCCGGGGCAUGGGCAACUAUUUUGCAAAAUAUGCACAAAGUCUCAGACUCGUAGACUCGUCCCAGCCCCCUCCCUCGUCCAGCAUUGGUGGUGGUGGAGGUGGUAUCGGCUCAGGUGGAUCCUCCAGCUCAGACGAGACCAUCCGCUCCAUCCUAGAGCAGGCCAGGAGAGAGAUGGAGGCCCAGCAGGCCGCCCUGGAGCCCAUCCUCAAGGCCUCCUCCAUGGGCCCCUCCGACCUGGCCUUGCUCUCCCCGAAACUCCUGGGCGCGCCAAUCCUCCCGGCCUCCUACUCGCCCCUGGCCCUCUCCCUCAAGAAGCCCUCCAACCCCCCAACCUCCUCUCCCUCGCCCUCCUCCCUCCUGGAUUUCCACUCUGCCAUGGUGAAGAAGGAGGCAGGAGAGGUGGUGGGAGAAGGCGGGGGAGGAGGAGGGUUGCUAAUGGAUGGUGGGACCAAGCAGGGGCGAGGCUCCUGGAGGGAUCAAUGGUGGAGCAGUAUGCACCCCGGGGGGCAGGGAGCCACGGCUAGCCUGAAUGACGAUGCGCGUAGUCAGGAGGACAGCAAGGAGAAGCCUCCCCGGCUGGCCGGCUCAUCCUCGGUGCUGGCACCCUCCUCCGUCUCCAUCUCCUCCUUGGACUACUGGAAGGACUGGCCCCGGGCCGAGUCCCCGUACUCCCAGGCCAGCUCUGAGCCUGGCGGGGGCACCAAAACCCAGGGGCCGAGCCGCGCCGACACACCCCAGAGCAGUCUCUCUCCCCUAAGCUUGGGGCCUCUGGGGUCCCUGUUGACCCCCGCAGCCAAACAGGCCAAGCCUGUGGUGGCGCCGCUCACUCCUGAGCAGUACGAGUUCUACAUGUACCAAGAGGUGGACACGGCCGAGCUCACGCAGCAGGUCAAAGACAAGCUGGCCAAGAACGGCAUCUGCCAGCGCAUCUUUGGAGAGAAGGUGCUGGGCCUGUCUCAGGGCAGUGUGAGCGACAUGCUGUCCAGGCCCAAGCCCUGGAGCAAGCUGACCCAGAAGGGCCGGGAGCCCUUCAUCCGCAUGCAGCUCUGGCUCAACGGAGAGCUGGGCCAGAAUGUCCUGCCCUUACAGGGCCAGCCACAAGAAAACACCCCAAAGACCUCAGCCAGCUGCAGCCCGGCCCCGGAGUCCCCCCUCAGCUCAGCCGAGGAGUCCGUGAAGAGCCUUGGGGAGCAGGGGGGAGGAGGAGGAGGAUGUGGAGGAGGAUCAUCCCAGGUCCCCCCCAGAGAGCCCAGCGAGCCCUCUGAGUCCCAGCCCGGCACGCCACUGCCCGUCCCCGGCCACUCAGGUCUCAGCAUCCAGGAGAUGGUGGCCAUGUCCCCAGAGCUGGACACCUAUGUCAUCACCAAGAAGGUCAAGGAGGUGCUGACCGACAACAACCUCGGUCAGCGUCUGUUUGGGGAAACCAUCCUGGGUCUGACUCAGGGCUCGGUGUCUGACCUGCUGGCGAGGCCCAAGCCCUGGCACAAGCUCAGCCUGAAGGGACGCGAGCCCUUCGUCCGCAUGCAGCUCUGGCUCCAGGACCCGCGCAACGUGGAGAAACUCAUGGACAUGAAACGCAUGGAGAAGAAAGCGUACAUGAAGCGGCGCCACAGCUCUGUGAGCGAGAGCCAGACGGCGGACAGCGGGGGCCUGUCAGGGGGAGACUUCAGCCAGGGGGGCAGCCCCCAGCAUGGCCUCGGCCACCACCUGCACCAGCAGCAGCCUCCCCAGCAGCACCUGAAGAAGGCCCGUGUGGUGCUGGCCCCUGAGGAGAAGGAGGCCCUGAAGAGGGCCUACCAGCAGAAGCCCUACCCCUCGCCCAAGACCAUUGAGGAGCUGGCCUCACAGCUCAAUCUCAAAACCAGCACCGUCAUCAACUGGUUCCACAACUAUAGGUCUCGUAUCCGACGGGAGCUUUUCAUCGAGGAGAUCCAGCGAGGUGAGGGUGGCUCCCCGUCCACCAGGGCGGGCAAGGCCAGUGAGGGCGACAGCUGUGAUGGUACUGAGUCAGAUGGCACAGUGGAGGGCACACGCCCCGGCCACGAGCACCACCCGGCCUCAGAAGGCGAGGGCGGGUCCGACCACAGAGACGAGGGCACCACGUCAGCCACCGGCAGCAACGCUGCAGGUACCAGCGGCCACCACAAGGGCGGCGCCCUGGACAGUCUGUUCAGCUUCCCCGAGAACACCCAUGUUUCCUCUGCGUCUGUGGCCACCACCACUGCUGCCCGCAACCCCCGCGACAGCAGCCUGCGCAAGAAGAAAGCCGCCAACCUCAAUAAUAUCAUCCACCGCCUGGAGAAGGCUGCUGGUAAAGACGAGCCCCACGAGUGGGAGUUCUGAUACGGUACCCUCUGCUGCUGGGGAGAGUGAGAGUUACUAUUUUUCUAGUGCCCUGACUGCGCAGUUCCAAGGCCAAGACUGGAGCAGUGCUGCCAGAGAAGAACUGGCAUCUUUUACGAGUUUUCAUAUCAAAGAGGGUUCAUAGAUUUUUUUCACGAAGCGAAACAACAGCAACAACCUGGCUUUGUUUGGAGAUAAAGCACUUAACAGCCCUGCUGGCCACAGGGCCCUAACACCACCGGCCAAAGGUGCGAAAGAGACGAAAGACACACAAAGGAGCGUCACUCCACAGGAGGAAACUGUCACGAGAAGCAAUUAUGUAUUUUAUUCGUGUGUGUGUGUGUGUGUGUGUGUGUGUGUGUGUGUGUGUGUGUGUGUGUGUGUGUGUGUGUGUGUGUGUGUGUGUGUGUGUGUGUGUGUGUGUGUGUGUGUGUGUGUUUCCCUUUGAGAGAUUUAUUCACCACCUCAAAGUUUUUCUAACCUUGUUCGCUCAGUGACUUUUCACAUCUAGUAGACUAGCUGUUACACUGAUUUCCCUUUUUUCUGUUUUCUAAGAGGUUCUUUCUCCUCAUAACUCCAUUGCAGUUCUUUGGCUAUCUGAUAGGAUCGUCAAACAAAAAAAGAGAAUGAAAAGCCAAGCAUUUAGAAAAUUAGUCUGCAGGAGAGGAGAACCCAUUCCCAAGCAAUGUUCCUUUCUGUGCCCCAAAAGUUGCCAUGUAAUGGCACUGGAACUCUUAAUAUGCUAUGGACUCUAUUGAGAAAAUAAUUAACAUUUUUAUCAAAUUAUUUUUCUCCGCUGAGAAAGAAAAAAAAACUUUAUAGCAAUUUGGUUGCCACUAAGAGAUUGCACAGUCGGUCGACUUUAAACAAUGCUAUUUUAGAUUCCUAAAUAUUUGGGAAGGGUAAAAUCUAAAGUGAAAUACUUAUUAUCAGUUGAAAGGAACUUUGAAAAAAAAGUAUCACUUUAAUUCACAGUUUUUCAACGUACAACAUAAAAUGCAACGGUCAUGUCAGGAAAAAGGAAAAAUCUGAAAAACAUCUUGUGGUAGCUUACUUUGUGUUCUUUCUCGUGAGUGAUCUAGAAGCUCUUUGAUAAGUAGUGUACAUUUCUUUCAUAGCUUUAACUGACUUCCGGGGGACGCCAUUUUGGUGGCACCGGGAGCGUUUGUUUAAUACACUCCAUUUUAGGCCAAAAUCAGGUUUGAGAAAAAAAUAAAAUAAACAAAAACGUUGUAUACAAGUUCAUGGAGAAAAUAAAACAAUUUCAGUCUAGAUAUUAAAAAAAUGUAAAAAGUUGCGAACUUGCUUUUUAACCUAUUUUAACCACAAAAACCACACUAUUAAGACCUCAGAACCAGGGUGUACAGUAGAGCCAACGGCCGCUGCACUUCACAGCCUGGCCCUCGGAUGGGGAGGCUUGCGUUUCAUUGGGUGAAAAAGCCAGGAGAUGCACAGCUCACUUUACUGUAUAUUCCAAGCAUCUGGCUCUUUUGCUCUCAAAUCUUUACCUACGGUUGUGUGUAUAUAUGUACAUUGUAAAAAGACAGAAAAGAAAGACAAGAAACCCCAGCUGUUGCGUGUCGGUCCUCACAUGCGGUGCACUACGAGUCUGAGGAAGAGAUGGACUCUGCUCUGCUUGUGUGUUCCCAUACAGAGCUACAAGACUGACCUGGUCAUGGUCAACCAGUCACAUGUCCCUCCUUUAAAACCCUUUGACAUAUAUUCUCCACAGGCUGCCAUGUUGUGUUGCGCAGAGGUCAAGAGGUCAAAUGUACGAAACAGUGCCAAGGCUUAGUAGAGAUAUUUCAAGGUACAUUUUUACUAAUUGAAAAACCAAUACCAAAAGUUAUAUCCAAAGUACUGCCGAUGUGACAUCCCCCAUGCAAUUUGGUUGUCUCUUUCAAAGUCAAGCUGAUUCUCCCACCAAUCUUGAUGCGCUCACUCCUUAUAUUAUGACCAGUUUUAUGAUCAAUUCAUGACUGUUACGUAGCAUCUCCAUUCUCCACUGGUCACAACAAGUCCUCUUACCUUCAGCUGUAACUCUUGGCCUGCCCCAUGUGAAUAUAUCUCAGAGGUUAAGAUCACUUGACACGGGUCAAUGGAAGAAAACAAAGACAUUAGUUUUAUACUUAACCCUCAACCCACCCUCCCUUCUCCAGAUAUGGUAGAACAUUAGACCCCCCCCCCAGCACACAUCGCAACCUCUUCCCUUUUCCCCCUUUCCUCCUCCUAUGCCACAAGCUCACAGUGCCUGCCCGCCCACUGCCUCUCCCUGUGUGUUUGAGUGUGUGAGAGCACACACGCACGUGUACACAAGUAGGCGUGUGUGAUUUUGUAUCCACGUACCGUAAGAAGGGGGUGUGAGGGUGUGAGCGAGGACUAGCUUCCCUGCUCUGCCAUACACACCCUUGAGUGUGUGUGUGUCUGUCUGUGUGUUUUAUAAGUCUGUGUGGCUUUGAUUUGUAUUUACCUGCACACACGUAGAGUGCACAACUGCCACCCUUUGUUUCUUCUAAGCUGUUUUCUAAAUUAUACGGCUUACGGCAUAGCAGACUCACAAAUACAGUAGGUCCCCUUUAUUGCCAUAUUAAAGACAAGCAGUAGAUCACUUCAACAUUAAGUUUUUUGGUUUCAUGUUUUUGUUAUGCUUAUUUAUAGGUGCUGUAUUUUACAUUUUAAUGUCUUAUUUGAUUUCUGUUCAUUAUUGUUGUUGUUAUUAUUGUAUGGAAGGGACUAUAAGGGGUCAUAUAAUAUUUUUUUGACUGAUAGACUGCCGGCAGUAUUGGGUUAUACGUACGAGAUUUAGUUGUCAUACAUGUAUAUUUAGUGAUCUUUGAAGACGUUUUGACAGUGUCAUUUAUGUUGUUUGAGCUGAAAUGGGAGAGCAACCCAUUAUGGCAUUAUGGUGCAUUCACCGUUCAUGAUUUGGUGCGUCUGUGCAUUUCUAUUUUCCUCUUUCAUUUCAGCAAGCAUGAUUGAAAUCAGGUUGACUUAUAUUCUAUUUUGUACAUUUUCCGUGUAUUACUGAACCCAGCACAGGACCGAAGUUGUGGUGGGGCUCAAGAACCAGUAGCAUCUGAAGGUCUGGAACUGCUGUCCUUUGGCAUUACCUCUGAAUCUGACACUUAUCUUUUAAGAUUUCCCAGCUUAAUUUGAGAUGAAUAAAGUGAGGUAGAUUUUAUCUAAAAUAAGCAGUGAUCACAUCACUAUAUAUGUGCUUAGAUCCAGCAAGAGUGUGACUUUGGCAUUUCCUGUUUAUUGGCCUACAAACUGGGAUGCACUGGCUACAUUUUGUGAAGCUCUUAGUACUACGUACACCAACUAUUUAGAAGAUUCAUAUUUCCUCAAGUAUUAUUUGCUAAAUAUAGGUUUAGUUCCUUCAGACAAAAAAACUGAUCAAAUGACAUUUUUAUACUAACAAUAACACAAACAGCUGUGUAAAGCACAAGCACUACUGACCAAAAACCUCUUUAAAAAGGGGGGGAGGCAACUUUACCUUAAAAGACUUAAUUGCACGCUCAUUAAUAUUUUCUAUGCCGUUCUGACUUUACAAUAAGUUUAGUCUUUAAAGAGAUUAUUGGAUACUUUUUUAAAUUGUGAGCAUUUGGAACACAAUUGGGUCCUGAAUGGCUGCUGCUCAGCUGCCCCUCCUACAGCGAAGCUGGUGGUGAUUGGAUCACCUCUGGAGGGGAGUGAUGUUAGCACACUGUUAAAAAGCCCUGUGUCCUGCAUGGUUCCAAACCACGCUCCCUCACGUGACACACUGCCAGUCUGGCUAAGCCACAGCAGUCCCUAUCAGCUGGUUACACUUUUCUACUGAAUUUCAUUGAAAAAAUGUGAUCGAUUGAACAUAAACAAAAAAAUCAAGGAGUGUUCAUCUUUUGAUAAAAGCACAAGUACAUCAACAAGUUUAAGCAAAAAAUAAUGGUAUUUAUAUAUAAUGGCUUUUGACACGUAAAGCUUAAAUUGAUCAUACCCAAAAACAUUACCUUUCAAAAAAGGUAUUGAUCUUUUAGCCCUAUUAAAGAGACACCUUAGCACUUAACCGUCUACAAGCCUUUUCCUUCAGUCUAUCUUUUCAUAGGAUUGCCUUUGCCUUAGAGUGAUCCAGACCAAAGUGUUGAUAUUAUUUUCAGGAUUGCUCAUAAACGAAUGCAGUAAGCUGGCUCGGUCUCUUGGUCUGAAGUCUUGCGCCCAUCCCAUCGUCGUUCUCAUGAGACUUUUCAUCACCGGUCUCCAAGUCUUGUGCAGGCACCACAUGGAAACAAGCAAUCAUUUUGAUUGGUCUCCCACAUGCUGCGUCUUCAACGCAGCUUUUGACAUCUGUAGCAAAGUUGUUGUGUCUGGAAAUACUUCACUGCUGUUGAACAAAGGGGGGCCAGUUCUGUGACUGUCUACAGUCCUGGGCUGGCUCCUCCAGAGGUGAUGCCAAGGCAGACUCUUGUAGGCCACAGAUUUAGUAGGAGGUCCACAAUCAAAAGCCCCCCACGCAGAUAGUUGGUAUGGCCCUCAUUAAGAACGAUGCAGGCUUGAGUGUCUGGUAGAGGCACUAAUGAAAUGGAGUUGAUCAACAGUAUGUGAGGGUCCCAGAGGGAUUUCACUUUGAUACUAUUACUAACAUGUCAAGUUGUGCUGUAAUGAUGUCAACUGUUCCCAGCUAUUGCCCGGUUAGAACAGGCGACAUACCUGACAGGCAGUGCUUUUUGAUUGGGAGUUGAAUUUGGUGGUUUUGUUUUCCUUUAUCUGUUUCUCAUUUGAUGCUAAUUGAAGAUUUGAACAGGAGUUCUCUCACUUUUCUCCCCAAAUUAUGUUCUGCUGUCAGUCAUUUUGGAAACAUUGCAUGUAUACUGAACAAAAAUAUAAAUGCAACAUGCAACAAUUUCAAAGAUUAUACUGAGGUACAGUUCAUAUAAGGAAAUCAGUCAAUUUAAAUAAAUGCAUUUGGUCCUAAUCUAUAGAUUUCAUGACUGGGCAUGGGUGGGCCUUGGAGGGCAUAGGCCCACCCACUUGGCAGCCAGGCCCACCCACUGGGGAGCCAGGCCCAGCCAAUCAGAAUGAGUUUUUCCCCACAAAGGGCUUUAUUACAGACCGAAAUCGUCCUCGACACCCCCACCUCCCCCGCCGAAUGUGGAGUUAGUGGGCUGGCGUGGUUACACGUGGUCUGCUGUUGUGAGGCCAUAUGGACGCACUGCCAAAUUCUCUAAAACAAUAUUGGAGGCAGCUUAUGGUAGACAAAUUAACAUUCUCUGGCAACAGCACUGGUGGACAUACCUGCAGUCAGCAUGCCAAUUGCACGCUCCCUCAAAACUUGAGACAUCUAUAGCAUUGUGUUGUGUGACAACAACUGCACAUUUUAAAGUGGCCUUUUAUUGUCCCCAGCACAAGGUGCACCUGUGUAAUGAUCAUGCUGUUUAAUCAGCUUCUUGAUAGGCCGCACCUGUCAGGUGGAUGGAUUAUCUUUGCAAAUGAGAAAUGCUCACUAACAGGGCUGUAAACAAAUUUGUGUACAACAUUUGAGAGAGAUAAGCUUUUUGUGCGAAUGGAACAUUUCUGGGAUUUUUUUAUUUCAGCUCAUGGGACCAACAUAUUUCAUGUUGUGUUUAUAUUUUUGUUCAGUGUAGUUUGGUCUUUUGGCCCAGAGGGAAAUGUUUUUGAUCAACCAUCAUGAACUUUAAUUGGAUUUUAUUAUUCAUAGGUCAAUGUGUUUUGGAUUAUUAUUUUAUCGUGAUCAUUAAAGGGGGGUUGUGCACUCUGAGGUAAUGGAAGUCAUUCUGGUUGUAGUAGAAUCAAAAGUGCUUGAAUUUGUUUUUACCUUUUCCCAGUUUUCAAACCGUCUGAAUGUCAUUGGUUGUUGUUGAUGUAUACCACACCUCUUUUCCCUGUAGGUUUGGUUCACAUAUAUGACAUUGCUUUGUCAGACUCCAGUAUUCAAGGACACAAUGCUCCUAGAGGCCACAGUCAUGGAAAUAAUGCUGAUUACAAAGGCACAGAACAUAGACACGGACUGAUAUAACACACCAAUACAUGAGCAAUACAACUUCUGAAAGAGGACCAAAUCAGGCUUGACUACCUGUCUGUGAGUUAUUGUCUAUCACAUGUCCAUGUAAAGAUCAUAUAGAACAGGCUACUCUUAUCAGUCACAAGUUAAUAAAGUGUUUUAUGUUGUAGGGAGUCCAAGAGCUAGAGGUCGAUCCUCUUUUCUCUGCUCCUGUUCAUGUGUAUAUUUCUGCUUUUGACAGGGAAAGGUUUUCUUUAAGUGUUAGUCAGUUUUGUAGACACAGAGUUGUCUGUAGCUUUCUGAAUGAACGGGUAAGAUUCUGAGUAUCAUGAAGAAUUAGUGGAUGGGAUUUCAGUGGAACCCUGGAGGAAGCACCCAAAGCUACACUGGUUUAUACAGUACAGAGGGCAUUUUGCAUGUGUUUGUGCAGUCUUUUGUGCUACAAUUCCCUUCUGUGUUUUCAUGUUAUUUUUCUGUUGCUAAGAAAAACACAGUUUGUUCCAUUCGAGUCCAAUGUUCAGUUAAACAGUGUAUAAUUUGUUGCAGAAUCUAUAUGAUUCUUUUGGACGAAUUUCAGGAAUUUGCCCUUUGCAAAUAUUUUUCUAUAGAACUAAAGCAGAUUGCUAUCAAUAUUAUAUACACUGUCAUAUAAAAUUGUACAGAUGAAAUAUAUCCUUAUAGCAAGUUGUUAAGCAUUACUAUGGGUUUGUUUUUUGUUAUUACUGUCAACGUAUUGGUAGUUCUCUCUGUAGGGUUUGUGUCCAUUAGGUUUUACAUUUUUUCUUUUUAUAUUAUUAGGACUACGAAAACCUCACACUUCUGUAAGAUCGACUACAAGCAUUGUUGCAGAAGUUUUAGCAUUAGCCAGCGUUGGUCUCAUGGUGUUUGUGUAUCAUUAAUUCACAUUUCUAAUAUGACCCUUCAAUCAUUUCAUAACCUUGCGGUAUUUGUGAGACAAACUUUAACCUAGUACAUAUUAAGACCAAUGCCUUGAUUCUCAUAGAAGCAUAUACAGAAUCAUAUGUCAUUGUACAUCACCACCCCCAAUCUAUACUUACUUUUAUUUAUACUAUAUACACUCCUUUUGCCUUAUUGGAUCUCCUUAUUCAAUGUCAAGAGCCACUGGUAGUGACAAAAGAUUUUUGACAAUGUUUGCCAAAAGUUUGAUGAAAAUCUGGAUUCAUUUGCUUUUGAUUUGCCUUCCCAUUUGUAUUGAAGAUUUGAUUUGAACAUGAAUACAUUUCAUUCUUACUCUCGUAUCUUUUUCUUUGUGUUUAGUCUCAGAAGUCAGCCAGGGACAGUAGGCUUAUUGUGAUUGUGAGGAGUCAGAAGUGGCAUGUUAAUAGAGUUUAAAUGCCAGUGACGUUGGAAAUGGAGAUUAUAACAAUGGUCAACAGCAACAGCAUUAAUCAUGUCAUAUUCAAUUUGGAUUAUGUAAGUAAGGUUCAUAAUACUCUAUGCAUUACAGGUCAACCAAUGUCCAUUGAAUCCAUCACUCAGUGGUAGUUGACAUAUAGGUUACAAUGAAUAACUAACUAUAUGAUACAUUUUUACAUUGACUAACAGUUGGUUGUGUUCCAUGGGUUUUGAACCAUUCUCGACCAACUCCAAAUGGAAAACUCAUUUGGCUCCCUAUAGUUGACAACCAAUAUUGUGUUUUUUGAAAGCUGCGUUUUUAGAGCUUUAGUGAAGGAAUCAUGAUAGAACUACAUCACCCACUGUCCUUUGCUGCUACCUUGCUGUCUAGUCAAAUGAGAAUAUGUUAUGAUGGCAUUGUCUAAGACCUAUAUAAGAUGGGUGUCCAUGGAGUCCCCACCCUCAGUUCAGAUCUGUCUCCAUACUCACAUUUACAUGCUCCCAAAGCCUCAACUGACUAUGAAUUUAGAACCAGACAAAUUGUUUCUAAACUGCUGAAGUCAUCAAGUUUGUCUUGGUUUCUCAACUCCAAUUCACCUUUGUUUAGCCAUGUGCUAUAUCCGAGUCUAGGAUAAUUGAUUUUAAAUGUUGUAUAAUCUGAUUCUCAUUGACUAAUUUCGUUCAGAACAAAGCUAGCCAUACUCGCCAAUGGUUCAGGCUCCUCGCCUUUACUAUUAAUUACCCUACCAGGUUUAUAAGCAACCUUUAUUUUCAGCUGAUGAGUUUGAAACUGGGGCUCUACUUUUACCAAGCAUUUGGAGUAGUAUGAGAGUGUGUACCCACUCUCUCCUUCAAAGUGCCAGAGGUCUCCAACUUUCUUGUGUUUGGUCAGGCUGCCAUCUCACUAUCAGUUUAUCUACUGUAAUGUCAAGUUGCUAAAUUUCAGUACAUUGUAUAUAUUAUCUGAAUAUACAUAGGUCAUGUUGUUGGUCAAAUGUCAUUCAAUAGCAGAACUUGAGAAUGCCUGUUAAAAUAUACCAGUGUUUCCCAACUCCAGUGAUCCAGUACCUCCAACAGUACACAUCUUUGUUGUAGUCCUGGACAAGCACACCUGAUUCAACUUGUCAACUAAUCAUCAAGCCCUCAAUUAAUUUAAUCUACAACAAAAAAUGUUAGGUGUACUCGAGGAGUUGGGAAACACUGCUAUAGACACUAGAUCUUUGGAAAUAAUUGAGACGAACAGGUUUUUUGUUUGUUUGCUUUUCCUUAAAUGGGUGGAAGAAGAUCAAGAUUUUAUACCGUAUUGUUUGAUUCUUUUUCCCCUGCUGGAGAGACCUUUAAGUCCCUUGAAUAAUAAGUGUAUUGCAGAGCUCUUGUUUUGGCAAAAUAAAUGCCAGUAUGAUUGGAGACCUUAGUUGUACAGAUAUGGCUUCCAUAGACAUUUGAUUUAAACAAUUUCAUUUAUUUUGAAGGUUAUGUGAUUAGUUUUUUUUAGACCAAACUUCACAUUGAAGCUACCCUAUGUUGCAAAAUAAAUUUUUUAAAUCCCUUCAACCAAAAAAACUGUCUUUCUCAACGAAGAGUUGGCACUUCGAACUGAAGAGUUACAGCGCAAUUCACUUUUUCUCCAACACUUUACUUUUGAAUUCUAGCUUGACAUGGGGUAAAAUGACACCCAGUGGGGCUUUAGGCAUUCAUAUGACGUUGUGUGUGUAUAUGUGUGUGGCGCGUUGAGCGGCUCUUAUGCAGUUAAGGGCUGCAGUUUCCUUAUCUUUUAGUUUGUGUCCUCAAUUUUUACUGACUGCUUUUGAAGUGAGGAAAACUCCCACCAUCUCAGCUGGUCUAAUUGUCUCUCUCAAAGCUCAGGUGGAAACUACUUUUAGCAGAGUCCUUGUCACUAUCACUGGCCACAACAGUGCUCUUCCUCCCCCUCUUCAGUCCAGAGAGAGGUGUAGCUAGUUGCUGUCCGCUGAUAUAUUUUUCUAUGACGUGAUUCUAGGCCUCAUGAUCAUUGGCAAUGAGAGGGUGACUCUUCCUUCACAGAAAAAAAGUAUCUCUUCCAGUUUCAGUUGUUCUCUCGUUUGUUGUUUUCAUCUGGUUCCUUUUUAUUUGGUCAUUUAAGUCAUGUAGUCUGUUCUCAGCACUGUAAAACAGUCCCUAUAGAAUAUGGAGAGGCAAUAUCACUGUAUGAAACUCACAAUGUAUUAUUGUUGUUAUUAUUAUUGUUAUUAUUAUUCACUAGCACCCUAGGUGUGAUAAUUGAAGUAAAUAUCUUUUAUACAAACACAAA